CAGUGGAGCAAGGGACCCGGUAGCAACUUGGUUCCUGCGCGGAUGCUGGAGCUGUAAGGCACCGGGCGGUCGACUGGUUGUGGAUCGCAGGAGGAGGACGCUGGGGCCCACCGUCCAUCCACUGCUACCAUGAUUCCGGUGUCGCUGCUGGUGGUGGUGGUGGGUGGUUGGACCGCCGUCUACCUGGCCGACUUGGUGUUGAAGUCAUCUGUGUAUUUUAAACAUUCUUAUGAAGACUGGCUGAAAACCAAUGGAUUGAGCAUCUCUCCUUUUCAUAUAAGAUGGCAAACUUCAGUUUUUAAUCGUGCCUUUUACAGUUGGGGACGGCGGAAAGCAAGGAUGCUUUACCAAUGGUUCAAUUUUGGAAUGGUGUUUGGUGUGAUUGCCAUGUUCAGCUCAUUCUUUCUCCUUGGAAAAACACUGAUGCAGACUCUGGCACAGAUGAUGGCUGACUCUCCCUCUUCCUCCUCUUCCUCUUCCUCCUCUUCCUCCUCUUCCUCCUCUUCCUCUUCCUCCUCUCUUCACAAUGAACAGGUGUUGCAAGUUGUGGUUCCUGGUAUAAAUUUACCUGUCAAUCAGCUGACUUACUUCUUCGCUGCAGUCCUCAUUAGUGGUGUUGUACAUGAAAUUGGACACGGUAUAGCAGCUAUUAGGGAACAAGUUCGAUUUAAUGGCUUUGGAAUUUUUCUCUUCAUUAUUUAUCCUGGAGCAUUUGUUGAUCUGUUAACCAACCAUUUGCAACUUAUAUCACCAGUCCAGCAGCUAAGGAUAUUUUGUGCAGGUAUAUGGCAUAAUUUUGUCCUUGCUCUCCUUGGUAUUUUAGCUCUUCUUCUACUCCCAGUAAUUCUCUUACCAUUUUACUACACUGGAGUUGGGGUACUUAUCACUGAAGUUGCAGAGGACUCACCUGCCAUUGGACCCAGAGGCCUUUUUGUGGGAGACCUUGUCACUCAUCUUCAGGAUUGCCCUGUUACUAACGUGCAAGAUUGGAAUGAAUGUUUAGAUACCAUUGCAUAUGAGCCCCAAAUUGGUUACUGUAUAAGUGCAUCAACAUUACAACAAUUAAGCUUCCCAGUUAGAGCAUACAAACGACUAGAUGGUUCUACUGAAUGCUGUAACAAUCACAGCCUCACAGAUGUGUGUUUUUCCUACAGAAAUAACUUUAAUAAGCGUUUGCAUACGUGUCUACCUGCCCGGAAAGCAGUUGAAGCUACCCAAGUUUGUAGAAGCAAUAAAGAUUGCAAAACCAGCUCAAGUUCAAGUUUCUGUAUAGUACCAUCUUUGGAAACUCACACUCGAUUAAUAAAAGUGAAACAUCCACCUCAAAUUGAUAUGCUCUAUGUAGGACACCCACUGCAUCUUCACUACACAGUGAGCAUCACAAGUUUUAUCCCACGUUUCAACUUUCUAAGCAUAGAUCUGCCAGUGAUUGUGGAGACAUUUGUCAAGUAUCUGAUUUCUCUUUCUGGAGCUCUGGCUAUUGUUAAUGCCGUGCCCUGCUUUGCCUUAGAUGGUCAAUGGAUUUUAAACUCUUUCCUGGAUGCUACCCUUACCUCAGUGAUUGGAGACAAUGACGUUAAAGAUCUCAUAGGAUUUUUCAUCUUGCUUGGUGGCAGUGUACUUUUAGCUGCCAAUGUGACACUGGGACUCUGGAUGGUUACAGCACGGUAAUAUUUGCUCUCGUCCAACAGAAUGUAUGAACUACAGCUAAGUGGGAAUAUCUGUUGCCAUUGAAAUUCUUACUAGGUAUGAAAUGUAAAGUGUUUCCUUAAAACAUCUUGACCAACAUCUUUGAGCUCCUAUAUCUAGAGAAUCCAAACACUGUAGUAGAAAAGGAGUGGAAAAAACGAAAAAACGUAAUUCCUGGCUACAUUCUAGUUUUAAAGAUUGAAUGUGCAAAUUUUGAAUGUUUGUGGAACAAUUUGUAAACAAGUGAAAAUUCAUUCAUGUAAUACCAUUUUGUGUGACUAUAUAGCAUUUUGGAAUAGUAAAAGGGAAAGCAGAAUCUGGUGGUAAAAUUGUAUAUAUGUGUAUGUGUGUGUGUGGUACUAGAGUUUGAAACAGGGCCUCACUUAUGCUACUUAUGCUAAGCAAGCUUUCUACCACUAAGCUAUAUUUCCUGCCCCAGGAAAAAUUUAUUGAAAAGUGCCAUUAAAGUGAUGUGGGGGUGCACACCUAUAAUCCCAGCACUUGCCUUUAUGUGUUUGGGAGGCUAUGCAAAAGGAUCAUGAAUUCAAGGUCUUUAGCUACAUAGUGGGUUCCAGGUCUCAAACACACACACAGGCACACAUAGGCGCGCGCGCGCACACACACACACACACACACACGCAUCAUUAAAGAUUUAGGGACACUGGAUUUUGGUUAAAUGGAAGACUGAGCAAGUGUUCUUGGUUUUAUAGUGCUUAUCUUUAUCUUGUUUGUAAAGUAUUUUAAAGUUUAAUGGUGUAUUAUUCUAUACUCUGAAUACCAAGGUCUGAUUACAAUUAAACCAGUAAAAUUCUAUGAAAGUAUCUGCUAACAUGGAAGCAAAAACUCUGUGCAAGUGAUACCAAGUAAAUGGACAAAGUCGAAAGUAGCUAAGGCCUGUGAUGAGAUAAGAUAGUUUUGUGGCACAAAUAUUGCCUUUUUCAGAUCUCCACACUUGUUCUAUAGAGUAUGCUGCAGGAAGAAUCUCCCAGAGCAGCAUUUGAGCUCAGGCAGUUAAACAUGAAUUUCAGAUCUAAGCUGAGUCCUCUAACAGAUCACAACAGAACAGACAUUGCAGCAAGUCUAGUAUCCACUUUGUAGAGUUUUGCAGCUUGGAACUCUUCUGGGGUAGGCCUUUUCCUUUAUGCUGCAAUAGCAUUCACCCCUGAGCCAUACUCUGUCCUCACCAGCAUCUAGUAUGUUUCUCUCUGUUGGGGGAUUAAACACCUGAUCUUUGUUUUCUGUCUCCCCCAAGCUACCUCUGUGAGUACACAAAGACUUGGUAGGAUAGUGAGAAUGACUGCACAAAUAGGGAUUUUCCAGAGUCUAGUAACACACUCUUGAGCCCUAAAGAACCUCAGUCGGUCUUGUGGGUAGCAGUGGAACCCUGGGAAAUUCAGAGUCAGCUGGCCAGUGUGAAACUGUUAG